AUGACUGCACCUGCUCGUCGUAGCGUACGCACCCAGCCACCAAGGAAAUCAACUUCCCGAUCGACUACAGUGACCCAACCACCUCCAUCGUUGCAACACGAUACCCAUUCAACUGCUGAAGACGACGACGACGACGACGAGGAGCUUGACCAAGAAGAAAGCUCGGAUGGUGGAUCUGUCACUCGUUGUCUUUGUGGAGAACAACAUAAUGUGGGUCUGAUGGUUCAAUGCGAUCGAUGUGAAGUAUGGCAGCACUGUGAUUGCGUGGGUUUGACUGAGAGUGAUAUGCCCGAUCUUUAUUACUGCGAUCAUUGUCAACCCGAUAAUCAUGUCUUGUACAAGAGCCAUGGCCGAUAUAAACGAGCAUAUGAUCCGAAUGGUAACUACAACAACAACAAAAAGGAGGAUCACCAAUAUCCGGCUAAUGGAGAUGAUGCAGAACAUCGCCCUGUGAAAAGGAGGAAACGGCAAGAUACCUCUCGACGUGGUAGGAAACGCCCUUCAUCUCGAUCUCAAAGGAAUAAUGCAGCAUCAGCAUCCGAUAAACAUGAAGAUACAACAGAGGAUGAACCACCUGAAGAUGAAGGAUCAACUUCCCCUGCAACAUCGACCACUCCAUCUAUACCUGCAACCGUUGCCACCCAUGCAACAGCACAUUCAACCAACGCAAUGACCACCUCUAUCACCACUGGCAACAACAACAACAACGGCAUCACCACCACUACCACUACUACCACCAUUUCAUCACCUUCUUCACCAAGGACACCUGCACCACCUUCCAACAAUACCAUUUCAUCAGCAACAAAAAAGACAUCGAAUGGAAGGAGUAGGAAUGGUCCAUCACCACAGCAACAAGAGAAGCGUAUGAAAAAGGGAUCACCACGAUUAUCUACACCUGAUGACAUGCCUUCUUUGCAUCAACCGUAUUGGGAUCAAGAUGGAUUACCAGUACGCGAAUCAUCACCACCUGCCAGAAUCAAGUAUCCAAAUCCAAAAAUGUCGAUCACAGAGAUGAACAAGCGAGCACGACAAAUAUUGGAUUAUGUCAGCAAGCUACAAAUUGAUAUGGCAACCAAGAGAAGGGAGAGAUCAAAUUCUACCUCCUCCGCAUCAUCAUCUUUAAGCAGUGCAUCGACGCUACCCCUGGCGGAGGAUGAUCAUCAAAAAUGCGUCAGCCCUACUACACCGAUCCCCGCUCUGGAACAUCAACAACAACAACACCAACAAGUAUUACCACCUGAAUCUACAUUGGAAAUGAUGGAUCGCAUCACUCAUGACCUUGUCAUGUUUCAACGCAAGUUUGGUUCGUCCCUCAAGCGAUGA